CCGGAACCAGCCUAAAAACAGAGACUUGCUCUUUGUAUUAAUCAGGACUGGGGGUGAUUAUUGGUUCGUGGCAAAAGGACAUAGUGGGAUCGAUCGCAGCUAUAAGCUCGCGGGUUCAGCCAGAGUGUGCGUCAAGCCUGGAGACUUUGUUGUCAUCAGUUUGGGAAGCGCGCAAAGAGGCACACAUGAGGAGGACGCGUGGCGUUCUGUCGUCUCUCCUUGAGGGCAGCAGUGAUGACGGAGCCGCCUAUAUAAGCACUUCCAAGAUGCUCCUGAUCAGUCUGUCAUGCACUUGCUGCCAACGCUUCCCUAGACAUCGCCUCUGUCCGCGCCGUGCGCUCCUUCACCGCUCCGCGCUCACAUGUAGACUCACGCUCUUCAGCAGCUCAACUCAGGAUUUCUAUCGGAUUUCUCUCUCCACAAUGCGCUUCGAGCAACGCGGAAUUUUAUCACAAGAACUUUGAAAAAGAAGAGUGCCAGAGCGCACAGAAGGCUCCAGAGCGCAGGCAGCAUGUUUAACUGGAGACUAGUGCACGCGGCUGCCUGGAAGUCACUCCACAUGAAGUUGUGAGUAUGAGAGAAAGAGAUCAAACAGGAUUUUCUCGCGGUUAGGGUCACCAAGCAAGUAGCCUACACUCUGGGCGUGGACAAUGGAUACUUUAAGUCUGUCAGUGAACGCUGUAUCCUACACUGUGGCAGCUGAACUCGCCACUACUGAUGACCCGUUUAAUGGACCCAUUAAGAACAUCGCGCCGUGGAACUUCACUAUCCUGGCCGUGCUCAUGUUUGUGGUCACGAUACUGUCUCUGAGCGAGAAUUUCCUGGUUAUGUUUGUUACUUUCAAGUUCAAACAGCUCAGACAGCCCCUGAACUACAUUAUAGUUAAUUUGGCCAUCGCUGACUUUCUUGUCUCUCUCACCGGUGGACUAAUAAGUUUCCUGACAAACGCCAGGGGUUAUUUCUUCCUUGGGAAGUGGGCUUGCGUCUUGGAAGGGUUUGCCGUAACAUUUUUCGGGAUCGUAGCCCUCUGGUCCCUGGCCGUUCUGUCCUUCGAGCGGUUUUUCGUGAUCUGCCGGCCUCUGGGGAACAUCCGACUGCAAGCGAAGCAUGCAGUCCUGGGUCUGCUGUUCGUCUGGACCUUCUCCUUCAUCUGGACCUUUCCUCCAGUGCUGGGCUGGAACAGAUAUACUGUAAGCAAGAUUGGAACCACCUGUGAGCCUGACUGGUAUACAACCAACAUAAUAGAUCACAGCUACAUCAUUACUUUCUUCACCACCUGUUUCAUUUUCCCGCUUGGAGUGAUUUUCUUCUGCUAUGGGAAGCUCCUCCGGAAGCUCAGGAAGGUAUCUCAUGGUCGUCUGGCCAAUGCCAGGAAGCCAGAGCGGCAGGUGACCCGUAUGGUGGUGGUCAUGAUUGUCGCAUUCAUGGUGGGCUGGACGCCGUACGCUGCCUUCUCCAUACUGGUCACAGCUCAUCCAUCCAUUGAACUGGAUCCCAGGCUGGCUUCCAUUCCCGCCUUCUUCUCCAAGACAGCUGCUGUCUACAACCCAAUCAUCUACGUUUUCAUGAACAAACAGUUCAGGAAGUGCCUAAUCCAGCUCUUCACUGGCAUGGGGACUAUACCAGACAGCAACCUGAACCAGACCUCAGAGCGACCCGGAAUAACUGCCGAGAGUCAAACAGGAGAAAUGUCAGCCAUUGCAGCCCGCAUCCCUGUGGGUGGCACUGCAUCGCCCAGGUCUGAUGAUUCUCCGACCGACUGUGGCUCGUUUGCUCAGCUGCCCAUCCCAGAGAACAAAGUGUGUCCAAUGUAACAGUAAACCUCGUCCCAGUAGAUGUCCUCUUACCGUCCUCUGACCCCGAGAGUCCAUUAUAACCUCCUGUGAUCUAGAUGCAGUGUGUUUCUGAAACUGUUCGGACAUUUACAGGACUUUGUUAAUUUCUUGGAGAGAUUGAGGGUGCAGUGUGAACAACAGAGAGUUAACUUUUGAUGGGUUUUCAUAGUGGAUGCUUCUAGCACAUUUUUUAUAUUUCACUUGCAAAUGUAAGUAAGGAUAGAGAGUAAACUUAAAAAACAGUUUUGUGCUCCAGCAUGAUUCAGUAGUUUGUUCAAUAUUUGAUUAUAAAAGAAAAGCACAACAGCAGCGACAAGAACUGUGCCAAAAGAAAUGCUAAGAGAUUUACCCAUGAGCUAAUAUUUGUUUGCUGGACGUUCCUCUGUCCUGAUAUGAGACAAUAUCAUGGAUGUUCUCUUGACCAUCAUUGCACACCUGCGAGUGUGUCACUAUAGAGGGAACUUGAUUUGACUUGAUAGCAUCUGCCUCCAUAUCUCCGUGAAAGAAAGAGAAACCUUGACAUGGGUUAGCGUAGGGCUAGCCAAUGUUUUUCAAAUAACACAUGCAUCCAGCCUUUCAUCUUGUCCUUGCCGUCUCCUUUGAAGCCCUGUGAUGGCGCCUGCAGAAAGCGUUGUUUUUCUGUGCUGUUUCAUUACAUAGGCAACGCAUCCUCCAUUCAUCUCCACGCGUCAAGAGGACGGAGCGGUCUUCUGAAUUUGGAUACUUUUAUUUCAGUUUAUCCCAUGUAGACUUGUUUGGGUCAAAGCUUUCAUCUUUAAUGAAGAUGGUCAAUCGGACUCUGAGAUGCUGUGGUUUUCUGUUGCCUCUGUUGCAGACGUAGGGGGACAACAUAUUUAUGAAGUGCCAGCAUAGGAUCAAGCAACACUCAAUCAUGCACUCAACUACAAGUAGCACAUAUGCAUAAACCACACACACACACACACAUACACACACGUAUAGACGACCAGAUGCACACGCAUGAAGAAAGUAGGCCAUCAUUAGGACCAGGCUUUGGUCCCCAUGAGGACUUCUGGUCCUGACAAGAUCGGUGUUUAUAAUUGGAAAAGGUCAGAAAGGUAUAACGAAAAUGCGCGCGCGCACACACACACACACACACACCACACACACACACACACACACACACACACUUUCUUUUCUUUCUAUAUUUGUGGGUACCCAUCACUGACGUAAUCACUUCACCUUCAAACACCCAUUUAAAUUUGUUGGGUACAGAAUUGUGGUUCCCACAAAACGGUCCGUCCCCACAAGUAAAGUGGAAGUUGUUGGGCCCCACGCAUAUACUAAAACAAGCCCACACACACACACACACACACACACACACACACACACACACACACACACACACACACACACACACACAGAUUGCAGUUCACUGCCUGUAUUACAAUAAGCUUUCUAUAGGCACUGUGAAGAUGUUACAAUGCACCAAUAAAUAUCCUAGCACAAGAGUGGCUUAGCUAAGCAGCCAUGUACAAAAGCAAUGAGUAUUCCCAUCAUUAGCACAGGUCAACAGCAAUAUUAAAGCUAAAUACUGUCACACAGUCGAACACUUCAGUGUUAGCUACAGUAGAUGUAGCAGUGAGUAUUAAAAUGUCUUCUACUUGACUUUGUGGUGCAUGUUUGUUCACUAUUAGUGGAUAUUUGUCAAAACAUUGUUGUAUUCUCUAUGCUGCACAGUAAUUCACUAUGUUGAAAAAAAAAAAGUAAGAGUAUGAUGUCUGUUUGCAAUGUACUGAUCGUGUGUUCAAGUCAUGUUUGGCCAGUCUGGUAGAGAUAACAUUUAGCAUCUUUAACCACAAUGCCUCUGUGCCAAAUUAAUUGUGAUGCCUUGAUUUAAUUAGCAUAACAUCAUGAGACCAUGGUGAGGACAACUGGCAAGUUAGCCUCUAUCCCACAGACAAGUUUCCCAGAAUUGAUUCAUUUUUUAGUUAUCCUUGUUGCUUUGUUGUUAACUAUGGAAACUACAGCCUUUUAAACAUUUUUGGAAUUUAAAGGUGCAUUAAUACAUUUUUUUUGUUUUAGCAGUUGAUAAAAUGGUGGACAGACAAAGCUUGCGAACUAGCUAGAGAAGAAAGCUGAACACAGCAAGACAACUUGACUCCAAACAAAUGCUAAUAUUCCUCUGUUUCUCCGUAUGUGAGUGUAAGUUGGCAACUGUUUGUUCACACAUUUAGCCAUAACAGUGUAAUAUGGUGGUGGCUGUGGAUCUGUUGUUUUGUCAGUAAAUGUACAUUGGAUAUUAUGCUUUACAGGGAUAGUUCAGCUUUUUUUUGACAUAACAUGAUUUAAGUUAUCCACCAAAAAAGUACAUUAAUCUGUGGACAUGUGCACUGGCAAGGAACACUAUGGUUAUAGAUCUCCCAGGGAGCUUCCUCCAAAAAUGAACAGCAGCUGCAGCAAGAAAACAAAAGAAGAAAAACAACCACACACCCCAUUACAUUAUGGUCCAGCUUUCAAGAUCAAAGGCUCCUAUAUGUAGUAAUACACCAACUUACGUCAGCAAGCAAAUAGUUCCUGAGAAGUGUGAGAGGAGAUAUUAGUUCAAGAUGUUUAAUCUCACUGUGUGAGUUAUAUUGUGGCUUGAAAUACUGGUUGCUCAUAUUUGGAUGACAAGGCAACAUCUCUCUGGAGAAUCUACAACCACAGUGCUGCCGUCUGAAGCUAACAUCCAUUCAUCAAUAUCAAGACUCCCACUAUCUGUGUCAAAAAAAAUCCAAACAUUCUGUUCCACUGUCCACACACACUGUCUGCACCAGUUAGAACCAAAAAGCAUGCGUUUUUACCUUCCCCCAGCCUCCCCACUACUUGCACACAUACAUAUACCCUAACACACACACAUACAGUACAGACCCAUCUACAGUUAUGGAUACAGUUGGUGUGUAGGGGCUUUUUGGAAGGGUUUUUGCUUGUCACUGUCAGUAACUUGUGUCAUUUCAGACCCAGCCAGGCCCCCUCUGCCCAGUCUCCCGCCUGCUGGAAGCUCCGCCCCUACACACACCUGUUCCCAUUAACCUAAUCAUCCCCUCUGUGUGUAUAUAUAUAUAUAUAUAUGUAUACACCUCCCUGUUGCGACUCACCAGUUGUCAGAUUGUCUUUGUGCUUUUUGCCAAAAGAGCUGCAGAUCUUUGUUCGUGUACCUGCCUGAUUCCUGCCCCUGACCUGCUUCAUAAUGACUGUACCUGCCCACCCCUUUGUACUGUUCCCUCUCUGGUUUGUAUGCUUUGUGUUGAACUUAUCCAGUGAAGACUUUUACCUGCCAUCAUUGACUCUGUUGUGCUUUUGGGGUCCCAAGUUUCUCAGAACAUGAUAUAGUGACUUCACCUUGAAGAUUAGACAGGAUAUAAAUCUUAACAAAACUGCACGUGUUACAUUUUGGUGCAAGGAUUACAGACUGCACUGCAUGCUGAUAAUAGGAGGGAACACUUCCACCAUGUAUAGAUGGGCUAAAACUCCUAUUUCUCCUAUUUCACCUCCCUGCCCUGAAUAUCAAGCUGCUCCAACUGUCUGUUGUAUUGUAGGCAUGUUGAGACUUGUUCUGCUGUAUGGUUUUGUGUCAUGAAUAUUUCUGUCGUCAGUUUGAUUUACAUGGCUUUAUAGUUCAUAGAUGCACGCUUGUUAUAAAACUGUCUGUAUUAAAGUAUUUUUUUUGAAAAGCAA